ACAUGUUGGGUUUUCUUCUAUCUCAGAGCCAAGAGCCAAAAUGAAAUUUACAGUACUUGCUGUCGCCGUUGGACUAACUUUGCUGCUGGGACUCCAAGCCAUGCCUGCAAACCGCCUCUCCUGCUACAGAAAAAUACUAAAAGAUCGCAACUGUCACAGUCUUCCAGAAGGAGUGGCUGACCUGACCAAGAUUGAUGUCAAAGUCCAGGAUCACUUCUGGGAUGGGAAGGGAUGUGAGAUGAUCUGCUACUGCAACUUCAGCGAACUGCUCUGCUGCCCAAAAGAUGUCUUCUUUGGACCGAAGAUCUCUUUUGUGAUUCCUUGCAACGAUCACUAAACAUCUUCAUGUAUUCCAGACAAACCACCCAUAAUUCCCCGCAAACCGCGCUAUAAUAGUGUAACUGUAUGUCUGAUUUCUGUGCCGUGCAAUAAAGCACAGAUUCUAUAAAUUCUUACUUGUCUAAGCAAACUUGUGUUAAAUAAGUAGUAAUAAAAAUUCAAUUUAAUUUUUCUUUGUGGACAUUGUUUAAAAUUUUUCACUAGAAAAUUUUCAUCUACAAGAUGUUUAAUAUACUUGAUAAAAGAAUUCUGUUUUCUAGAUGCAAAGCCGUAACUGUGGAUCAAAGAUGAAGAAUACUUUCACUUCUUCAUUGACAGUUAUUGACCAUGUACACUUAAUGGAAAGAACCAGAGAUAAAUUGAGGUUCUUGGAAGGGAAACUAGAAGUUUUCUAUUAAUAGUAAGAGGGGGAAAAGGAGCCAAUAUGUGAAUAAAUAUCAUGCAUGCCAAAUA